CGCCUGAACUGCUGGGUUCUAUUUGACUUCCAGGUGGCUCUGGGCCAUGGCGUGGGCAUCACCCUCACACGCAUGACCCUCAACACCUGCCUGUCCAUCCUGUGGCUGCUCCACUACCCAGCGCUUGUACGUCACUUUCAGGCUUCCGUCAUGGCACUGGCCUGGUUCGUGGCCCUGCUCAACCCGGUUCUGUUCACUGUCCUGGCCUGCGCCCAGUCCUUCUGUGGUGGAGCUGGACCCUGUGUGCUCCACCACACUGGAGAGUCCCGCGUCUGGGAUUCAGCAGCCUAGCGCUGUUGGCGUUCUUGGUGCUGCUCAUCAUGACCAGCUACGUGCUCAUCUAUAUGGCAGGCUGCCGGGCAGGGCAUAUCUCACCUCCAACAGCACCAUCCUGAUCCACAAGCUACAGAUGAUCCUGUACCUGCUGCCUCUGGUGCCCAUCAUCACCAGGUUGAAGCACAAUAUGGCCGCCACUGUGGCCCACUUCAUGGUGUUCUUAGUGAGUCAGGCGCUCAGCCCCGUGAUGUAUGGCCUGCGCUGCCGGGAACUCCAGGAGCAGCUCCCCCACUUCCUCCCGCGCUGGACAAAAGUCUGCCAGGCCUGCGGUGGUCAAAGCAGCACCACAGACUGCUCUAGUACAGGGACCUCCAACAGCUCUAGGACCACACUUAGCACUGGAAACAAAAUGAGCUCCAGAACCACAACUAGACCGUAA